UGUCGUCAGCCUUCAUCAUCACUGUGACUCAGAGAGAAAAAGGAGCCGAGUGCCCUCCCCUUCUCCUCCCGCAUCCCUACCUUCUCUCCCUCAGCCUCACCACCAUCAGCCAGUCUCCUCUCAGUCAUUCUCUCUGCGCACAGCUGAGGCUCAGCAUCCUUUCUCUCGCACACAGUCGCUCACACAUCUCUCACUUGCUGGCUGAGCGUAGCCAGCACGAACGGUAGCUCUCAGGAAGCAAGAGAAAGACGAUUAACAAAAGAGAGAAGAAAAGAAACAAGACAAAGAGGAUGAAGAUGAAUGUGUGCAGUGUGCCGGCAGUUCUCCGCUCCUAUCCCACUCUGACUGUACGAAGCUUCACCUCCCCCCUGCUUCUCCUCCUCCUCCUUCUCAGCAGCAGCGACAUCGGGGCCAUCCCUUCCCCGUUCCUGCUGGCCCCAGACACCCCGGCCCCGGCUGAGCCCACCCUGACCCAGGCCACACCUCGUCCGGACCCUUGUGACGGCCGGCCCUGCCUCAAUGGGGGCUUCUGCCUGACCCUCCCCGCCACUGGGAGGCCAGAGGACACCUGGAAGUACACCUGCACCUGCAGCCAGGGCUUCACGGGACGCAACUGUGAGUUUUUCACAGACCCAUGUGCCAGCAGUCCCUGUCUCCAUGGAAACUGCAGCCGGAGCGAUGGCGGGGAGGAGGGGGAGCCGGCUUACACCUGCGAGUGCACCGAGGGCUAUGAGGGGGAGAAAUGUACCCCUGUCACCCCCACCACUGUUGCCGCCACCCAGCCGCCACAGCCAACCACCGUCCCCUCCACCACAAUGCCGGCACCUCCCACCCUGCAGCCAUGGCAACCCAAGUCUGGGCAGAGACUGCUCAUGGUGCCGUGGGAUGCAGACAGGGUGACGGAGGGUCUGCACUGUGUGAGUCCUGAGCUGUGUGAGCUGACGUCAGGAACUCUGACUCUGUCUCUGGAGGUCCCUGAAGAGACAGCUGUAAAGGUGGUGGUGAAUGCUAGUGGAGCUCCAGUGCUGUGGCGUGUGAAUGAAGACGGUUUCCACCGUCCCUCCAUUUUGAAUGGCACCGUGAUGUGGUUCCUGCAGGCCCCUGAUGGACUGGUGGUACCGGACCACUCACUGCCACUGGGACAGAACUACUUUCUCAGUGUGCUGCGUGUGGGCACACCCACAGCCCCCGAGGUCACCCUGCGUCUCAACCUAACAGUGAAGGCCAGCAGCUGCGUGGAGCCCGGCAGCAGCUUCAGUGACCCUCAGUGCUCUGGGAAAGGCAAAUGUAUCACGCAGCCCUCUGAGAGCACUUUCUUCUGCGAGUGUGAGGAUGGCUACACUGGGAUCUUCUGUGAGGAGUACGACGCCUGCCACCACAGGCCUUGCCGCAACAACAGCACCUGCACCGAUGUUAGACAGGGAGAUGAAGGGCGGAACUUCACAUGCAACUGUGCACCAGGUUAUGAAGGGGAGCGUUGCCAGUCGCUGGUUGACCGUUGCCUCUCUCAGCCCUGUAAGAACGGAGCUACUUGCAUCAGCAGCCUGCCUGGGCCCAGGUGCUACUGUCCUGAAGGUUACCAGGGUGCUACAUGUGAGCAGAAGGUGGACCCGUGUGCCUCUGGCCCUUGUCACAAUAACGGCACAUGCUACUCCCAGGGCCCCAGCCCCCUGGGGUUUGGCUGUAGUUGCACAGCAGGCUUCACCGGCCCUACAUGCACCCAGCUGGUGGACUUCUGUGCCCUGAACCCCUGUGCUCAUGGCGUCUGCCGCAGUGUGGGCAACAGCUACAGGUGUCUGUGUGUCCCAGGCUACCAUGGCUUGUACUGUGAGGAGGAGUACAAUGAAUGUCUGUCUGCACCCUGCCAGAACUAUGCCACCUGUAGGGAUCUUAUCAAUGCUUAUGAGUGUGUCUGCACGCCACAGUUUGAAGGCAAACACUGUGAAAUCUAUAAGGAUCCAUGUCUGAGGAUGCACUGUCAGAAUGGAGGCCGCUGUGAGAGUGCAGGACUUAACGCUUCCUGCGCCUGCCCAUCUGGAUAUUUGGGGGACAAAUGUGAGGUCGAUGUCAACGAGUGUGAAAGCAACCCGUGUCACCAUGGAGGCACCUGCAUUGACCAAUCAAAUGGCUUCACCUGUCACUGUCCACCUGGCUGGGUAGGCCCCAGCUGUGAGAUCCACCUGCAGUGGAAGCCAGCACACACUGAAGACACCCUGACCAACAUGCCCCGCCACUCCCUCUACAUCAUCAUUGGAGCACUGUGUGUGGCCUUCGUCCUCAUGCUCAUCAUCCUUAUUGUUGGCAUCUGCCGCAUCAGCCGCAUUGAGUACCAGGGAUCAUCGCGCCACGCCUACCAGGAGUUCUACAACUGCCGCAGCAUUGACAGCGAGUUCAGUAACGCCAUCGCCUCCAUCCGCCAUGCCAGGUUUGGCAAGAAAUCCAGGCCUGCCAUGUAUGAUGCCACUCCCAUUGCUUAUGAAGACUACAGCCCUGAUGACAAGCCUUUGGUGACCCUCAUCAAGACAAAGGAUUUGUAAAACACAACCAUCCCAGCAUAUCACAGGCAGCACACAUUCAACUGCACGUGUAGACAUGUGCAUUAAACCCUCACAUGUAUACAGAUAGUCAAUAUUAAUCUUUUAGUAUUUCUUAAGGAAAAAAACAGCAAAAGUAAAGUUGAGAAAAUUACAAAUAAUACUCUGUAGUUUAAAAAGAACCAAUCUGGAGUUUGACACAUCUAUUUUCCUGUCAAAGUCCACAGUAAGGCUUUAUUGUAGCAUAAAAGCAUACUUUGCAUUAAUUAAGUUGGGUGACACUAGCAGUAACCUCUGCUGUCUAAUAGAGUGAUGACUUUAGUCUGCACCAGACUGUCUGUCUGUAGGUGGGGCCAGCAACCCAGGGGUCCACAUUUCUAAGUGUAAACUCAGCAGACAGUGCUGACAACAGUCCUUACAGGUGUUGUAGAAAUGGGUGCAAUCAUCUCGGUGUGUACACUGUAUCUUUUUCUAUGUCUAAAAAUCUUUUGCAGUAGGUUGCCUUACUUCAUGCAUGGUUAGAUUUGAUGUUCUCUCUUCAUGAUUUCAAACUUCUUCAUUCUUGGUUGUAAUUCUUCUCAUGACAUUUGUAUUUCUCUCUGUCAAGAUUGUGCCAAAUAUUUUAUUUAGGUAAUUUGUGGUUAGUAGAUAAAUACAUACGUGUAUAAAAGUACUAGUCACAGAAGAUUUCUUUUUAAAAUACAUAUUGUCCUGUUCUCUACAUGCAAGUUGCUCCGUGGCGUAUGAGUUGAAAGUGGGUUUACUGAAGUACUGUGACUCUGCCAUCCUGCUGUAUGUAUUUCAGUGACAUUUAGGUUAAUAGGUGGGUAUAUUUCUCAGUGCACAGAAAAAAAUAGUUGGUUUUAUUCAGUGUACCUGUUUAUCCCAGUGUACAAAUUCACCUCUAGUAUUGACAGUGUUGAACAGUUUCUGGAUGAGACAUCUUUGCUGGAGUGGCCUCUUGCUGUCUUUACAGUGGAGAAGAGGAAGAGGAAGCAGAGGGGGAUGAUCUACUCCAGAAUAUGUGUGCUUCUGUGUCCUGCCAAUGGAAAACUGUCUGUGCAGCUGUGAUGUUCCUAUCAAGGUCAAGCAUUGUUUUACCAAUAGGCUCAGCUAAUCUUCUUUUGUUUUUCUCUCUUGUUUUAAUACAGCAGCCACAUGAUGAUUACCUAUUAUCUAUGUUGAAUGAUGUGAAUAAUAAAGAUUCAAGUGAAUAUAA